AUGAGGAACGGGCAGAACGAGAAAACGAGACCUCCCCGCCUGCGUUAUGUCCGAGCGAUUUUGAAGAAAACGGCAGAAAAUCGGGACAGAUGAAGUACGGAAGCCGAUGCCAUGCUCAGUGCGUCCUGCGGAAUGAAAUCUGAUGAAGGCUUUUACACUGGCGAAAAUCUCAAUGUCGAUGGUAUAAAUGGUAUUCUAUGUGCACGGUGCCACUGCUCUCAAGAGCGCUUUGCAAGAGCGGUCUACUAAAUUGCUUUUGGAAGUCGGUGGAAGUUUUUUCCUUUCGUCUGUUCUUUUUCGACGGUCACCCACGAGGAUAAGGGUGACAAAUUAAGUAUGGAACUUCGCCUGUGAUGUGGAGUGUGAUUCCAGCUGAAGAAAUUGCAUAAAAAAGCCGAAACGCAAAGCACUGGUGAUUCUCCUGUUUCUGGAUAUCUUUGAAUUCAUUGGCAACAGUUGCAAAACGUGUUGAAGGAUUUCUCUCAAGUAUCCCGUCUCCCCUAAAUGGUGGGGACGGAAUAGGAUUUGAGCCAUUAUAGCCGUGUUUGAGAAAUUCUUUAGAAUUUUGUGUGUUUGUUUUUAAUUACCACAAAUGCGUUUGAAGAAAUCAGCUUUUCCUCGGAAAGGAUUUUAAAGGAGAUUCACAUCUGGAAUUACAAUCAUGAACUUUGUUAUCAGUUUGAUACAACUAUUUUUCGUGGCGCUUCUGUACAUGUCAGCUGUUAAGACUGCCCACAUACCCAAGGAGGGAGGGAAGAACACAAAUGACGUGGUUCCCUUUAUGGAGGUGUACAAUAAGAGCAUGUGCCAGACGCGGGAGGUUCUGGUCGAUAUCUUCCAGGAGUACCCUGACGAGAUCGAGCACAUCUUCAUCCCAUCGUGCGUCGUCCUCAUGCGCUGCGCCGGCUGCUGCAACGACGAGGCGCUGGAGUGCGUCCCCACGGAGACCUACAAUGUCACCAUGGAGGUAAAAAUAUUCAAACACCUAAAACAAAAAAACAAUUUCCUACUGAGUUUCACAGAACACAGAAGAUGUGAAUGCAGACCAAAGAAAGAAGUGAAAGAAAGGAAGGAAAAAAAACCCAGGAGGGGCAAGGGCAAAGGCCUAAAGCGAAAGAGAAGGAAAAACAAAGAGAAAAAGCACCCCUCCCACUGUGAGCCCUGCUCAGAGAGAAGAAAGCGCUUGUUUGUACAAGACCCUCUGACCUGUCAAUGUUCCUGCAAACACUCAGAGUCAGACUGCAAGUCCAGACAGCUCGAGUUAAAUGAAAGAACAUGCAGAUGCGACAAACCAAGGAGAUGAGAGGGGAAACUAACUCUGACAUGAAGGAGGAAUCUCUGCACAGCACUUUGAACUCUGAUUGUUUUCUCAGAGGAUGCAUUCCCUGGGCAGACUGAGAAAAAAAGAGAAAGAGAGAGAGAGAGAGAAAGAGAGAGAGACAUCCUGGUGUAUAUUUUUCAAAUAUUAAUAUAUAUAUAUAUAUAUCUAUAUAUAAAGUAAAAUUACAAAUUUGUACUGCUGCUAAAACCAACACUAUAAAAAGCAAACGACUGCGCCAGUGCAUGUUGCUGGCGUGUGAAUGGGAUUCUGUUUUGUUGCUGAUGUCUGAAUGGCAUUGUGUCUUUUUUGUUGCUGGAGUGUGAAUGUGUUUGUGUUUUGUCAAACAGGCUUGUGGUUUUUUUGUUGAAAUGAUUGACUUGAUGUAAAACUUCACUGGAUUCGGGGAUAUAUGCGGAUAUACAACUAAGCAGACAAACGAAGACAUGACCAUGACUUCACCUGGAGGUGUGAUCGGGACCUGACCCUCCACAAUUUGGAGGGGAAAACAGGAGCGCUUCUGACUGUCAGAGCGGAUGAGAAAAGGAAUAGGAUGACAACGAGGGUGUGGAAGAUUUCCCUGGACACUUUCCAAAGGAACUAUAUGGCAGGUCCUGGAAAAGAGAGCGGCUGGAACUUGGAACAUUGUCACUUUGUGAUGUCACUUCCUGCUCUCAAGAGAACUCCACUGCAGGCGGGGCAUAUAGAAUCUUGUCACCAAGGCAACUGUACCAACUAACACUCAAUAGGACUCGGAGUGUAAAUACUUGUAAAGGGAUAUUAAUUAUAGGUAUAUAUGGAAGCAUACGAGAAUAGAUCAUUUGAUUCCAUUAUUCUCUAAGGCACAGAGGCAUAGAUUGCCCACUGUAGAAAUGUAUAACCCCUGAUUGCUUAUAGAAUUAUAUUUUGAUUGUUUUCCAAAGAGAGCAUUGCACACACCAUUUUAAAACUACAAACUGUCUGUAUAUACAUACUUAAUAUCCCUUUUUCGUAGUACACUACAGUGAAUUUAUAAUGUUAGAAUAUUUUCAGUAUUCAGUCUAUGUAUUUAAUUUGGUCUAUUUAUAUGCAGUGUUAUGUUAAGAUGUUUUGCUUCAUUCGUUGUUAACAUGUUGCCAAUUUGCCAGGCCCUCUGGAGAGAAUGGUUAAUGGCUUUUUUAUACAGAAGAGAAGAAAAAGAACACUUAAACAUUCCUAAAAGCGAGAGUUUUUUCAGGACAAUAACCCAGCAUGAGGUUUCCCUCCCAAACCUGCAAGAGGGUGGGGUGGGGUGGGGGGAGGCUGGUCAGGACUCUGUUAAGGAUGACGUGUGUAACCAUAUCGAGCAUGACUGUGCCACGCCCUUGAUGCUGCCGCUUUUUUUGUGCCCACGCCGUGUCCUGCACUAAACUGUACCCUAACAGCUGAGACUGAGGCCUGUGCCUACGUGUGCCACAACCUCCACUAACACAGCCACACACAAGAGAGCUCGUGCGUCUGGGUCUCAGAGGAAAAUACCACAUUCUAUUUGUGUUUAAAAAAAAACGUUCUUUUUUGUCAUCUUGUG